CAGAGUAGGAUGGGGCAGUGAGGGCGGCUGGAGGCGCCGCCGAAAGUCGAAUAUGGCGCGGAGCAGUCGGGCUCUUGGCAAGGCUCUCGUGGAGAGGUUGGCAGUGCCUUCGCGUAGAGUAGCCCUCAGAUAUUUUAAAAACUCUAUCCACCCUUCAAAUCCCUGACUUGAAAAUGAUAAGGAAUAUAUUAGAAAAUGCAUACUUUCGGUCAAGGGCAUUUGACUUCUUGGGAAAUAUUGGUGAGCAAAGCACCACUGCCACAAAUACCAGCAAAAAAUUGUGCCUUUCCAAGAAGGACUUACUUCAACUUUGCUGCACCAUUCGUGAACAAAAGGAAAGAAUAUUCAGAAAGAAGAAUUAUAGGGUAUUCUAUGCAAGAAAUGUAUGAUGUGGUAGCUGUUGUAAGCGAAUACAAGAACUUUGUUCCUUGGUGCAAAAAAUCAGACAUAUUAUCCAAACGUUCAGGAUACUGCAAAGCUAAAUUAGAAGUAGGAUUUCCUCCUGUGUUGGAAAGAUAUACAUCAGUUGUUACACUAGUCAGACCUCACUUGGUUAAGGCAUCAUGUACAGAUGGAAAAUUAUUUAAUCAUCUGGAAACUGUGUGGCGCUUCAGUCCAGGAAUUCCUGGCUAUCAAAGGACAUGCACCUUGGAUUUUUCAAUUUCUUUUGAGUUUCGCUCCCUUCUGCAUUCUCAGCUUGCCACAUUGUUCUUUGAUGAAGUUGUUAAACAGAUGGUAGCUGCAUUUGAAAGAAGAGCAGGCAAGCUCUAUGGUCCAGAAACUAGAAUACCUCGAGAGUUAAUGCUUCAUGAAGUGCAUCAUACAUAAAGUAGUUUUGAAAUUUCUUGGACACCAUCUUUACAUGAGAUUUUUUCUCAUGUGGGCUUCCAAUUAUAUGGGGCAUUUUUUGCCAAUUAUGUAUAAUACUACUGUAUAAAACAUGCAUGUAAGAUGCAGGUGUACAUAGAAGCUUCAAUCAAGUGCAAUUCUAAGGUGCUGGUAAGUUCAUUGAGUGGCAGCUACAUUUACAAUGGCCUCCUCUCAUCUUUUCAGCAUGUAUAAAACUCAGCACUGUUACCAGUUCUAUAACCUUAUUUUGACAAUGUUUAAUAUUUACUAUUGAAAUAAGUUUAAGUUAUUAUUUUAAAUGCAUAUUUAAGUUAUUUUUAGUAUUCAAAACUAGCUUUAACAAGCAGUGUGCAGUUCUGGAAAAAAAGUUUUAGUGUGUAAACUUUGGUAGCAAAUUUAAUAUGCAGUAUUUUAGUGAACUGUAUGAAUCCUACAGAAAGGGCUCAGCUUCAUCAGUACAUUUAAUAUGGUACUGUAGUAAAAUAUAUAAGGGGAUCUUCUAUGAAUAAUCAUGAACUCUAGCUUUAAAAAUGUUCCAGUUAAUGACAAACCAUAAUGCCUAGAGGUUUAUGGCUUUCUUCUACCAGCAGAACUGACAGUGCUAACAAAGCACAUUCCCCACCUUCCUCCAUAAUUCUCUCCAUCUGCUUUAGAAAGUUGGAAAACAAAUUAGGGAUACUACUGUUUGCCAAAGUUGAUUUCUGUAACUUUGGCAUUAGCUAUAUGUAAAUAUAGUUUAAGUUAAAACAGUGUAUUUGAAUUUAACAUCUUUAUAAUUUUAUAUAUUGCUGCACUUACCACUGUAAUAGACUUUAAUAAGUAGUUAUUGCUAGUUGGUUCUGAAAUCCAAAAAAAAAUCUUGUCCUGGAAAACUUAGUACUUGGGAUGAACAGAUUAUGUUGUGAAUAAGUUAAUACAUACCAUACCUUAGAGCAAUUGUUUUAUUACAGAAAGUUGUCACAUAAUUGUAUAUUUGUCUACUUUGUACAGAAUUUUAUUCAGUCUUGCACACAAUGGCUUCUGCAUUUUUUAGUGACAGCAGGCACCAAUAAAGUCUUAUUUAGCA